CUGAAAGUCUGUCGUGUUUCUUAUCUGACUCAUCACCAGACCCUCCCUUGCAAAGAACAGUGAUUAGAGAUGGCGCACUGCCUCGCGACUGCUGUGUUCUGCUGUCUGGUGGCGCUCUCAUCUGCCCAAGUUGGGACUCGCGAUGUGCGUCGCGGCUCAAACAAGUGAGUGAGGCAGACAGACAGACUGACAGACAACGGACGUGACAGAUCUGUUUCACGGUGUGUUGUAAUGCCUGUCUUGGGUGCAGGGAGUUUCUUGUCGCUGAGGUCAAUGCUACGUGGGACGGGGUAAGUGCUGUCAGGAGCGGGAGAGUCCCAUCUUACACAAACACACGCUGGUCUCUGUGGGUGCUGUGAGUGCAGUUCCUGUGGGGCAAAGAGGUUGUGGAGGUCCAGUCGUUCGCCGCGCUCAGGGUGGGCCAUUUUGGCGACUUCCACCUCGAAUGGCUGCAAGCAAGGAUCGAGAAGGCGAUGAUUGACCAGGGAUACGGCGACAACCAGACGGCCAUCGAAUUCUGGCGCAUAGCGGGCCGGGUCUAUUUGGAUCACGUGAUUGCGAACCCUGGCAGAUUUGAUACGGAAAUCGGCAAGGCCAAUGUGUCGUCAACGGUGGGGGCGAGCACAAUACAGAGACAGAGAGACCCCGAUGAAGUGCAUUGCUCAAGGUGGCACUCACUUGUGUGUGCUUCCUAUGUGUGUGCAGCUGGCCUUCCUUGCGUAUUCGACUUACGAGGAGGGCUGCCUUUGCUGCAAGCCGUGCAACAUCUGCGAUGAGGUCUGCUCCUGUGACCAAUGUGGGGUGUUCCCAUCCGAGACGCCGACCGUCUUCCAGCCUUACAUUGGGUGGUCAGUGUCGGCCUGGGACGAGGUGAGCCGGCAAGACACACAGGCAGCAGGCAGGCACGUCCCAUUCGCCCCCUGAUCUGACUUCCAUCAUCUCGUGUGUGCGCUUGGGUGGUUAUUCAUUCAGAGUACCAGGGCCCCCGACGUAAUUUCCCUUCCCGCAGAGCCCGGCCCGACUGCCCCCACACGCGCAGAGCCCGGCCCGACUGCCCCCACACGCGCAGAGCCCAGCCCGACUGCCCCCACACCCGAGUCCGGUUCCGGUGACGACAAUGACCUGUCGGUCGGCAUCCUUCCCCCUCCCACCACCAGUGACGGUGGCCCGGACGCCAGCGAGACCAUGACAGCCCAGGACCUCCAACGAGAAGUGCCAUCGACAUCUGACAGCGGGACGAGACUUCUUCAGUCGGCGGCCACCGACACGAACAGCACCCGCCCGUCGGUUGAUCCUCGUGCUUUCGACCGGACGUCUGUUGGCCCGACGCCAUUGAACAUGCUGGAGGUGCGCAGCGAGCCCUGUUUGUUGUGUUUCUGGAUCCAUCAGUGCACACAUGGCUGGGCUGGCUUGUCGGUGGUGUGCUUGGGGUGUGUGUGCAGCGUUCGUCGCUCAUAUACAUCGAGAACGGCUGCCCCUACGGUAUCAUGUUGGUGGUGCGCUACUUUUCUGAUGAGGACAACGAGUGGAAAGACGUGUGCUCAUUCCGCUCGGGCACAAAUGACGACGAAAGUAGGACCACAUACACGAAGGGAUAGAGGAGACGGUUAGGCCAUUCCUCCUCGUGCUGCUGCUGUGCUCUUUGUCUGUCUGUCUGGUUCAGUCGUGCAUAGCAACCUCACCGAGACCACAUACAACUACGAGGUCGGCACACUUUUGGACACGGCGGCGUCCCACAUAACCUACAACCAGAAGGCCUACCUCUGGCCGUGGGAGUUCUCCGACAAGCGGGCAUCCACACGCUACCCUCUCAUAUACUACGCGGCGACCACGAUAUCGGACACCUCGCCCGCUCUGCACUGGUGGGGCCACCGACGCCUGCUGGACCCCGAGACCAACAGCUGCGCGUCCCCUGCGCCGCUGCGCCCCUACACUUACAUGGAUGGCGGGAACAUUUUUCUGCACAUCUCGUGCGAGGACUACAGCCGCCAAUCCCGCAGGCUGCUGCCGUCCGGCCUGCGUGGCGCAUCUGAUAAGCGUGUGCCGGUGCACAUGAAGCAGACCACUCCGGCGGUCCGCCAACUCGAGCCUCUCAAGGGCGGAUUGCUGUCGCUGGGAAGUGGUGGUGGGAUGAAGUGGCGCCCUGCCGAGUCCAGUCGCGUGAGAGGAUGGGGGGCCUAGCCAGGCAGCCAAGGGGGCGCCUCACAACCAUACAUGUCAUGUUUGUGUGUCAAUGCGUCUGUCUGUCUGUCUGUCUGGCCAAUCACUCACGUGUUUUUUCGAUCGAUGGAGCGCCCGGCACGACUGACUGACGUGUGAGAGGGGGGAUGGGACGUGAGAGUGGGGGGGUGAGAGGGGAUGCAUCAUUGAUGCGGUCGUUGAUCGGUGUCUUUUUGUGGUCCGCACAUGAAUGCCUUUACCAUCAUCUCUGUCUGUCUGUCUGUCUGUCUGCGUUUGUUUCUUCCUGCCUGUGUCCUGCCUGCCUGCCUUACCGCGUUUUGGCUGCGUGACAGACGUCACUGUGUGGGCCUGAGUGUGUUUUUUCGUAUACAUCCAUCCGCAAUCGCGGCCUGCCAUGUGCGUGGCUGUGCGCAAGUGCGAAGUGGGCUCGUGCACUUUUGCCGCGUGCGCUCACAAGUGGGACCAAGCGGGCCGCCAGGAUGGCUAUCUCCUGUUGCUUUAUCGCAUGUGUUGUGAUGGGCGGGCUGCAUCCGGCCAUGUGUGUCGGAUGCCAUGUGUGUCGGAUUCCGUGUGCGUAUGAGUGUAGACAGUCGUGUCAUGCUCCACGCACUCACUCACACACACACUCACUUGGUCAUUUUUGGUAUCCAUCGCUAGCUGGAUGGAUGGAUCAAGGUGACGCCCUCACUCUGUCUUCCUGUCUGUGCGUGUGUGAGCGUGCAUGCUAUGCGGCCGAUAGUGGCCAAUCGUCGUUGGUUGUGUGGCCUCCAGGGGAGUUUUGAGCGAGACAGCGACACACAGCUGAUCAUUGAAGCAAUCUACAUGGGAGAAGUGCUGAGUCGACUGGCAUACACACACCAUGCUUAUACCAUCAAGCAAUCACAUGUAGAGCAUGUCAGUCAGGGCCCGACACGAGACAAACAAAACAAGUCCACUUGUUGUGGCACUCACACGACCGGUCUCAUCGAAAACAGACUCCUUUUCAUUGAGCAUUAGCAUGGCCAGUGAGAAUGUUUGCGUCUU